UUAAACAGUAUUGGUUGCGGACCUGCCCUGCCGUAUCCGUUACCGCUAUACAACACAGCUACAGUGGUUUCUCAUAUGUUUACGUGAAAGGUGAAGGAAUGUAUCGGAGAAAGUCCGACACCCCUUUUGCUGGUGACAAAGGUGUUUGUUAGAAAAAUGUAGUUUCAGAAUUAAAGUGAAACCUGGAAAUUAUCCCUCUUCUCGCACCAUGUGCAAUUAAACUGGAGAAAAACUCAUUUUCUUGGAAAAAGGUUUUAACCCGUCUUAUCCGACAGCACUGUAGAACAGUAACUUAUUAGCCUGGUUACGCUUGAACCCGGAGCAAGGUUUCCUGGAAGAUCAACACCGUGAACUUAUAGAGUUAGUUCAAAUUUGUAGAAGAAAUUAUUAACAGUGAGAAACCGUCUUGUCCAGAUUGUUCGUUAAAUCGUUUAUAUUUAAGUGCAUUGAUCAGCUCAAGAAAACGACGGAAUCUGCAAAUUCUUUUCCAAGAAUUUAAACAGUGAUUUUACUGACUCCGCCCUGGGGACAGACAAGUCUGCUCCACCCUAUGGGAACUUCCAGCUUAGAGAGUCCACGAUGCAAUCCAUCCUAAACAAUCCUAAGUAUGGUCCAAGGUCGGAGCUAGGAACGAAUAUGUUUACCUACCUCAAAUUUGGUUUACCUAGAGUACUACCCCCAGGGAAAGGCGAGCAGGGACCGGAUAACUCCUCUGGAUAUGAUUCAACUGAUGAAGAGGUUGGAUACAGAGGUCAGGGACUAAGAGCUGCACGGAGUGAAGAUGUUCUAAACCGGCCUGUAGAGAGCAGGAGAUAUAAAGGGGUUCGAGAUGGCAGGGUGAAGAGUGCAAGUGAAGCAAACCUUUUGGGAUCAGAUGUUUACUAUGAUCAACAGGAAACCCGGAGCUCUAGGAAACCACAAGGUCGUGGAUAUCUAAACCAGGGUCUGGUUGAGGAUGAAAGAGGAAGAUCCCGUCUUGAAUACUACCCAGAAGAGGAAGCAAGGUUUACCCAGGAAAGAGCUAGAUCACAAUUAUCAAUUGCAUCAAGAGUCAACGGACCUGGAGCACUAUCCUACAAGAAUGAUGCUCCGUUACUAAACGAAUCCUUCUUCCCUCGCGACGUGUAUGGAAGUAUGGCCCAGCUAUCUGAUGUUGAAGGAUUUAAAUAUCCUCAUCUCCAACUUAGAAACCUAUCCUAUACCAGGGGGGAUACCAGGGUACUGGAUAAUAUUAAUAUAGAAGCCAGAGGAGGAGAAAUAGUAGCUGUACUAGCAACUAAAAGUGAGGAUGGAUCAGAAUUGUGUAGAAUAAUAGCAAACAGACACCAGAAAUGGGGAAGCAAGCUCCGAGCCGACAUAGUGCUCAACGGAAUCAUAUGUACUCCGGAGCGUCUAGAAGACAGAGUUGCCCUUGUAGAACAAAACAUAGAAUUUACUCCGGAUAUGUCCGUCCGUCAAACCCUGCUCUUCCACUCCUUUCUCCGUGAACCUGGAACCCUGACAAGAGGACGGGAUACUAAGGGUCGUAUAAAUGCUCUGAUAGAAGAUCUAGGGUUGAGUCAGGUCAAACAUACCAGGGUUGCUGACCUCACGGUCUCUGAGAAACAGAGGUUAAACGUUGCAUGCCAUCUUCUCCUGGAUACAGAUAUAGUUAUAUUAGAUCAGCCGACAAGAGGAAUGGAUAUUUUCGACACCUUCUUCCUGGUUGAAUAUCUGCGACAGUGGGCUGCAAGGGGAAGAAUAGUUAUUCUUACAAUACAUCCUCCCACAUACGAGAUAUUUACAAUGAUUAGUAAGGUUGUACUCAUAUCCAGCGGGAAACUCAUGUAUUUUGGAAAACGGCGAGAGAUGUUAGCUUAUUUUGCAUUUAUAGAAUAUCCCUGUCCAGCUUACAAGAACCCAUCUGAUUACUACCUUGAUUUGGUGACUAAAGACGACCUCUCUCCUGAAGCAAUGCUGGAGUCCAGUCAGCGUAUUGACACGCUGGGAGCCACCUAUCGAAGAAAAGCGCAACCUCUCUCCGACCCUGGACCCCCCGGCAUGCUGCCACCUAAGAUCAGAAAAGCUAAUUUGUUCAUGCAGAUAUUUGGUUUAUGGAUACGAGCUUUAAUUUACAUGUAUCCGUUCAACGUAAUCAGUUGGGUUAAAAUCCUCCUGGUGUCCGGUAUAAUGUCAGUUUGUCUUGGCGGAGUAUUUGUUGGAACAAGAUGGCGCUUCUGGGAUGACACGUGGCAGAAGGAGCCGGAGUUUGAACAGUACAAUAUCGCCGACAGGGUUGGAUUCCAUCACGUGAUGCUGGUGGUGGGGGUGUGGCCGACCCUGCUCCACCUCGCUACGGAUAUAUGGGCGGGGCAGGAACCUGUUCACAGGGAUCUACAGGAUAAACUAUACUCAAAGUUUGCGUAUUUGAUUACUAAGAGUAUGUACAGUAUACCAGCUGUUGGAGGUAUAUUCCUGUUGUACAGUAUACCCUCCUACCUUCUCACUGGUAUACACUAUCCCAGUAUUCCUGAUCUCAACUCAUUCUAUCUAUAUAUAGGUACGUAGUUUAUUCUACGUUUUGUAAACCUUUAA